AUGCGCGGCGGUGAUCGCAUGGAGGGCGUGCAGGAGAGCGCAGCACAGGAAGUGAACGGGGAGCAGGGCGCGGAAGCGGACGAGGAGGACCCGGGGCUGCAUGUCAAGGGUGCUGACGAGGGAGAUGGCGGCGAGGACCAGGCAGCGGGAAUCGACGUGGCCGAACCCGCUCAGGCGGACGAGAACGCUGGCGCGAGCCAGGCGGAGGAAUCCCACGGGCGAAACGCCAGCCGCGGGGACGAGCAGCGCGCCGAGGGCUCGCUUCGGCAGGAGCGAGUGGCCCAGGGCGAGAGUGCGCGCGAUGCACAGACGCAGAGACAACGUGGCACAAGAAAGGCGGAGCGGUCGCGCACGCCAGAAAGGGGUCAGUAUCGCGGAGAUUGGCGCGGGGGGGACUUCAGAUCGGAUGACAGGCGAGAAGAGCAGGGAGGAUGGAGCGGCGGCAGCGUGCGUUCGCCGGAGCGGCAGCAAGCGCGCGGGGGCAGAUGGAAGGAUGAGCCACGCUCUCCCGAGCCGCACGGGCGUCAGGGAAGGAUGGACGGGACGGAGCUCUGGACGCAGGAGCGGCGCGCACCGCCAGCAGCGCAGCAGAAGGGGAGGCACCUGGUCACCACCGCCAGAGAGACGGCGGCACCGCGAGACGAGCAAAGGGAAAGGGCGGAGGAUGCACGACCUGCCAACGCAGCAGUGGGCUCGGGCAGAGGAAUGGGCAGGGCCGAGAGAAAGGCGCCGCGAGGCGGAAUGGAGUCGGUAGGAGGGCGGGAGUUUGGUGUACGACGCGGAACGGGCACGGGAGGCCAGUGA